GCGGCGCGAGGAGCUGCCGCGCGGGGAGCGCGUCGCGCCCGCGCUUCUCCCGCCGGAGAUGGACUGAGCCGCGCUGGCGGCUCGAACAGAAUCAGUCCUGCCCUCGCCGGGUCCCGACGCGCGGGUCCGGGCUCCAGGCGCAGGGCUCCCAGCUCCGCCUCGUCCGUUCCCCGUAGACGGCCCCCGACCAGCGGACGAUCGGGGGAGAUGUCCGGUGGCCGGAGGAGGGGCAGCGCCCCCUGGCACAGCUUCUCCCGGUUCUUCGCUCCCCGGAGCCCUUCCCGGGACAAGGAAGAGGAAGAGGAGGAGAAGCCUGGGACCAGCCAGCCGCCCGCCCCGGGCGCUGCCAGUGUCGAAAAUGAGCCCAUGAGCACAAGUCAUAAAAAGGAAAAUGUACUUUCAUCAGACUCAGUAAAGAUUCAUCAAAGUGAGGAGAAAAUAAACCAUGCUGAGAAACUGAUCACUCUUCCAACACAGGAAGAUCCCAAAAAGGCAAAUGAUCUUUCUGGUUCCACCUCAGAUACCAAAACAGGGGAAACUGAUCGACAACCAAAGGAGAGCUUUUUUCAGUUUCUUGGUAACUUGUUCAAUAUCUCAGGAAAAUCAUCUCUUGGCGAAUCUAAGCAGUCCUCUUUCAAAGAUGACCAUGAUAAAAAUGAAAAAGACUCUCAGACUCAUGGUGACAGUCACGAGGAAGGGAUCCAAAGGGAGAGGGAAAUUUUCAGUGGCCCACUGGGACCCCAGGCACUUCCAACAGAAGAACAAGAGUCUAUCUCCCCUGAACUCUCAGAUACCUUUUCUUUGGAUACAACGCAGGACAGUGAACAGGAAACCACCGAUUUGUUGAAAAAAAUUGAAGGUAAGCCAGAGAGGCCUGCAGUAACAUAUGCCACGUAUCGAGGCCCCAGACAAAUUAGGAAAUAUUUAAAGCAACAGACCAUUUUGGAAACUCUGAAUACUUUAGACAGAGAAAAUGACAGUUCUGACUCUAGUACAAACACUCACACUGGCCCUGGAAGUGAAGUGGAGGCUGGGAGAGCACCGCUGUCAUCAGCUAGCACAGAUGUCCACAUGAAAGGAUGUCUGUUUGGAGGCCCAUUGGAAGACUCUGAUUGUAGCACAAUUAAUCUCAAAACAGAAAGUCAUCUGACGAACUGUCCAGAACUUCAGAAUAUCACUUUGUCUAAGGAUGUUUUAAAUAAAAAUGAUCCCGGAGGACCUGAGAGAAGUCGGUUAUCCUCUUCCGAGACUAACCCUGGCCCUAUGGUUGGAGAGUCUGACUCACAGAAUCAUUUAGGUUGUGUGCCAGUUUCUCAAACUGACAGAAAUUUGGUAUGUUCAGCAUUGUUUACAGGAAGUAAGAGCAGCAAAGUUCCUUGCAGUCCAGAAUUUCAGAGGAAAACUUCAACAGAAAAUAGGAGAGAAAACAGCUCUGUGACAAAUGAUAAUGGGACAUUGGAGCAAAGAGAGGAGCAUGUUGAACCUCAGGGACCUGCUGUUUCUGAUUUUUCUGGUAGUAAAUCUAAUGGGGGUGACACUACCAAACUGGAAAGUACAAAUUCGCCAAGUCUCAGUAAAUCAGUUAGGCAUGAAAACUUGCAGUUGCCAGAGAAAAAGUGUUCUAACAAGCAAAGUGUAGAUAACUCAUCAAAGCAGGCUGCCCAUCACACCAGAACCAUUGCUGUCCAGGGACAUGCUGUGACAGACACAGAACCUGUAAAGGAAAGAAAGAAGUUGUUUUUCCAAGACUCACAGAAAAAUUUGGCUGUUUCAGAAAUCAGGCAAGAAAUAGCAAGUGUCUCUGCUGGUGAGCCCACACAUUCAAGUCAUAUAAAAGCUUCAGAAGACAGAAUUGAGUCAUUACCCAAAGAUACUGACCAGUUGUUUAAAACAAAAGCCAAAAAGCCUGAUUUUGGGCCACAUGACAAAGCUUAUAUUAUGAGUAUAAAUCCAAAAGACCCUGCCUUCGCACAGUUUAUCAGUGAAUCAACAGUUGUAACAUGCUUAGAAAAUAGACUAGCACCUGAAAUGAAUUUCAGACUUAAUAAAAGUUGCAUUUCAGAAUCUCCUCUUCAUGCCAAGGAACUCCAACAAGCCAAAGUAUCGCCUGAUGAUGAAACACCACUUACCCUUAACUAUAAGAAAUCACAUUUUAAUGCUUCACCUCCUACCUUUGUUUCUGGAACAGACAUUCCAAACAAGUUGCAUAUACCUGUUUUAAAGGAUGUGCCCAUAGAAACUGGAGAUUCCAACAUUGUUGGUAUUUCUCAUCAGCCAACUAAGUGCCCAGAAGAAAAUGUGGAAACUCAUGUUGAGGCUAUAGACAGGAAGAGUCCUCCUCCCCUUCACCUUGAUCAUGAAUCUGCAGCUCCUGAAUCCAAGGACAUUUUUGCUGAUAGUGUAGAAUACCGGUUUCAUCCAGGUCCUGAAAUGAGUGGACCUCACUUAACUGUGGCAGACCCAUUGAACUCUGAACCUGGAAGCCUCUUCAAGGAUUAUAGUUUUGUUUCAUCUCCAGACCUUAAUAAAACAGAGUUAAAGCCUGAAAACACCAAAGCAAGUAAAAACACAAUAAAGAAGUCUGAUUCUCUUUCCUUGGAAACCAAAAUUGAUAACAUUGCUAAAACUUUAUCAACUGCUGAGGUUGGUAGUCAGAACAGUGUUCCUGUUGAGUCACAUUCUGGAAGAGGAAAAUCUGUAGCCUUGUCCAAGGUAUCUGUUUCCCAAACAGAGUCCAAAGACAUUUCUCAGGGUACAAUUUCUUCCCUAUUAGAAAUUCCAGAAGAGCCGGCAAAGCCUGUUUUAUCAGAGUUAAGUUCUGUAGAGGUUGAGCAGGACAAAAGUUUUCAAUCAAUGGAUCAUAGGGAAUUUAAAGACAAAUGUUCAGAUGCUGGCCUUAAGGACAAUCACCAGACUGAGGUUUCUUCUGCCUCUAAACAUCAGGGCAUACAAGAAACAGAGGUGGACACCUUAGGUGAUUCUCCUCCUCUUCCCCAAAGUAAUCUACCUGGGAUUUCACCUCCUGGUCAAGAUGAGGAAGUCACUAGGCAUAUGACACAGAAUUGUGAAUCCAACACUUAUAUGAUUCAUGAAUCUUUGAAUAUUUGUGGGACAAAAAGUUCUGGUUUCUCAGAAAUGGCAGAACUCAGUUUAACUAGUAUUUCCCCAAAGUUCCAAGAAACUGACAGCACAAAAGUAAAUACACCUUUUUUGAGUUCUGAUACUAGUGUGGAAAAAAAUGUGUUUUCAUCUGAGUAUUCAAACUCGUUUAAUGAAACUUUGGUGUUGAGAUCAGAAAGGAAAGCCUCAUCUCAUGGAAAGAGAGAGGAAGCUCAUUUUCCGAGUGGUGGUACUGACAGUGCAUCCUUUUCUUCUGGUCAGCCAGAGGAAGUUAGCAUGGUUAUAAAUUCACAUGAUCCCUCAAAUAGUUAUGAUUCUGUGAAACGUACUAUAGAUCUCUCAGGUGAAAGUGCCUCCAUAACUAAUCUGCUGGACCCUAGUAGCUUUUACUUAGAAUUGGAGACACCUAUCCCAACAGGGGCAGAUGUAGCCCCAUUUCAGGACCAUUUUGGGAUUCAUACUGGAAAGGCUUCUCUUGAUUUCCCAACCACUGCCCAAUUUGACAAUACCAUGGAAGCAGAGACUGGAGCAGUUGCUGGGGUCCCAACGUCAGUUAACAGCUCAAGCCAGCAGUGUUCUGAAGCCUCUGCUGAGCAUGUAGAAGCGGGGAGAAGAGCACAUGACCAACUUUUGGACCUCAAAAGUGGUUUACUCAGAAAGGCUGAAACAUUGAUUGGGGAGAUUUUUAAUUCUGUCAGAGAAGAACUAACAUCCAAACACACAGUUGGUACCUGCCAGGAGCAUAUAUCCAUAUAUGGUGUAAUGAAUCCCGGUACUCUGAAGGAAGAUAUCCCUGAGAAAAAAGAAUCAGAAGUGGCAUUAGCAGGGAUCCAACUAAAGGAGUGUUUGGAAGAGCAGGGCAUGGAAAACAUGUCAGAAGUCAAAGAGGAAGAGAAAGCCUGUGUUUCAACUGCAGUUGGUGAGACACAUCUCCUUUUUGAUUCUGAUAGAGUGAAUGUAUCUUGUGUGUUAGAAGAUCAAGCUAGAAAAUUAGUCAAUGAGGUUAUUUAUUCAGCCCAAGAGAAUUUGAAAAAUGAUGAUUUUGAAGAUACUGAGGAUACCUGGGAUUCUGAACCUCAGGCUAAUACUUCAAAAAUUCUGAACAGUGAUAGUGUUAAGCCAAGUGAUGUAGUUAGGAAGUUGUUGUUAUCAGAACAGGCAGUAAAUCAAAGCACAUGUGAAAUUAGUGAAAAUAAAGUAUUAAGUAGAUUCUUCUCCAUAAGUAACUUACUUAGUGGCACAGAGCCAAUUAAAGGAAGAGAAAUUGUACUUCACCAAAAAUCUCCACUUUCUAGAAAUGAAGCUGGACAGUCUGAUAGUAUACAUUUGCAAGAAUCAGAUACUGUUUUACUCUCUGAAGACAUGCCCCAUAAAGGAUUAGAUGAUAGGGUAAAAACAAAUUUAUUUGUCAAUGAGGACUAUAGAGAGACAUCAGAAACAGAGUAUGUGGAUAGUCACAAAACUGAGACGGAAGAUACAAGAACUCUUGCACUAAAUUUCAAAUGGCCUCUGUCUGUGAGUGAUGACAUUCACACACCUGGCACAUCCAAAAGCAGUUUGUCUGACAGUCUUGUGUGUAUAUCUGAAAAAAGCUUGCCAGAACAUAGUAAAAGCACACCCCUUGCAAUGGCAGAAAUAGGGAAAGCACAUAAAAAGGAUGAAGUAAAUGUGGGAAAAAUUGAGCUUGUACCUUCCAUAUUAGAAAUGGGGGAAACAAACAAGAGGGAUACUGAAUUAAAUAUUAUGAAAUGUGAGGUAGUCCCUCCUGUGUUAGAUGCAGAAAGAGCACAUAAAAUGGAAGCUGAAUUAAAUAUCACAAAAAUUGAGCCGGAAGCUGAAAUUUUUAAAAUGGGAGAAGCAUAUCCAGUGGAUGCGGAGAGGUAUGUUGAAAAACCUGAGGGAUUACCUGUCACUGUAGAAAUGGAUUCAGCUUGCAAGAUGAAGAAUACUGAAGGGGACGUUGGCAAAACUGAGGUGAUGCCUCUUAUGUCAGAAGUGAAAAAUAGCCACCAAAAAGAUGCUGGGGAUAUAGUAAAGACUGAGGUGACACCUGCUGCAAGAGAAGUGGAAAAUAUUUAUCAAAAGCAUGCAGAAGGGGAUGUUGGCAAGACUGGAGUGACAGCUGUUGUGUCAGAAGUGGAAGAUACCUACCAAAAAGGUGGCGAGGGGAUUGCUGAAAAGGAUGAGGUGACACCUCUUACAUUAGAAAUGAGAGGUAUUUACCAGAAGGAUACUGAAAGAGAUGUUGAUGAAACGGAAGCAAAACCUGUUCUGCUAGAAGUCAUAAAUAUUUACCAAAAAGAUGCUGGAGGAGUAACUGAAAAGACUGAGAGGCCUGUGUUGGAAAUGGAAACCACUCACCAAAAGGUUGCUUCAGAGGUUUUGGGGAAUACUGAAAUGGUACCUUCUGUGUUAGAAGUGAAAGAAGCACACAAGAAAGCAGCAGCUGCCUCCUUAGAGAUGGGGAAAACCUCCGAGAGAGAUGCUGAAGAGACUAAUGGAAGAAAUAUGUCCAUGACUUCUAAACUAGAAACGGCAAUAACAUCCCCAGAAGAUCCUAGUGAGACUCUUGUGAAACAUAAAGAAAUGUCGGCAGCCAUAGAUACAGAGAAAAUACGUGAAACAGAAGUGGAAUUGACCAUUACACAAGUGAAGGCCGUGCCUCCUGUAUUUGAAACUGGAAAAGCAUUUCAAGAGUUUGCUGAGAGGAGUGCUGGAGAAGUGGAGGAAGAGCCUGCUGAAAUAAAGGAAAACUUGAUAUUGCAUGAUAGCAGACUUGCCUCACACUUCAGGGGAUAUCAAUCACCUACAUUAAGUAAGGAUUACGAGGGUUACCCGGCCUUAGCAAUGCCAGAUUUUCAACCUGAGGACCCUGUAGUAAGGCUCAACAAAAGAGUGUCCAUCACUGCAGUGUAUGACAGAAGAAGAGAUCUGGAUUAUAGUGAUGGGAAGGAAGAAUCUAAUUUAGCCUUUGUUUCUCAGGAUGAACAAGAAAAUUCUUCCUUUACUAUAUUAUAUGAAGAGCCCCUUCAAGAGGAAGACAAGUAUACCUCUGCAGAAGUUAGAGAAACAUGCUCUGUCUUAUUUCCCAACAUGGCUUCUGCCUGCAUGCCUGUUUUGGCAUGUGAAAGGUCUGAGAGUAGAACUGACCUCGUCCAUAACCUUGAAAAAGAUACAAGAUUAGGUGAGACAUUUGAUGGUGACAGUUCAGAAAUGUUCUUAUCAGUAGAGGCCAAAAGGUACAAAAUUUAUCCCUUAGCUUUGAGCCCCAUUUAUGAGGAUGACAGCUCACAGGAGGACAUUCUAUCCAGCGAGGUCUCCCCUGGUCAUCACGGCUCCACCAAAUCCAGAGAGAGUGCAAACCAGUCCUCUUCGGUCUUGUCGCUUCUCCAGUCGGUAUCAGAGCGUUUAAAGAUGAAUUUUGAUGAAGACGAUAGAGAGGUGGCUGAGGAAGAAGAGGAGGAGGAAGAAGCAAUGCAGAGAGGAGGCCUGAGAGCUCAAAGGAAGGAUCAUGUUACCUUCCAGUUGACAGAUCCUUCCAUCGUAUGCUACCCUGACAAUGACCAGGAAAGCACUGGACUUUCUAAGAAUUCAUAUGUAAUGUCAAGUGACCCUGCUACCUCCAAUCUGCAGAUUGGUCUGUGGCCAGAAAAAGCUUCAUUUCUACAGAAAUCCGACCUUACUUCUAAACUGCAUUCUUCUUUAAAGAGUGCUUAUCAUCAAUAUUUACAGACAUCUAAAACUCAUUCCUCAGAAAAAGGAACCAGAUUUGGUGGGUGUUUUCAGGAACCUGUGUCAAAGUAUUUUCGUGUUCAAGACAAUCCAGGCAGAUUGGGCCCAUACGUUGAGAAUGUUGACAGGCAAACUCUGAGAUGUAACCCAAGGCCUGGGAAGAUGGUUAUCUAUGAUCUCCAUGGAAGCAAAUAUAAACAAGAGAUCUACUGUAAUAUUCCUGAUGCUACAGAAUGGUCUUUUCCAAAUGGGGUACUGAUAAAAGUUGUAAGAGGCUGUUGGAUAUUAUAUGAGAAACCACAUUUCCAAGGUCAGAAAUGUGUGUUAGAAGAAGGGGAAACAAUAUUAAAUCGAGACUGGAUUCUUCAGAACAGAAAGCAUCCACAAAGAAACUUUGUAUUGGGUUCUAUCAAACGUGUCUUAAAGGAUUGCAGCAUUCCAGAGAUAGAGCUUUGCCCACAGUCUGACACAGCUUGUUGCCCUAUCUAUAUACAGCGAGCAGUCCCCAAUUUGGAAGAACUGAAUAUCCCCAAAUCAGUGUCUUUCACUGUGAAUUCGGGAGUUUGGCUUGCCUACCCAGAUAUUAAUUUUAAAGGUCAAGCUACAGUUUUGGAGGAAGACCAUGGGCUGUUUGAGAUUUCUGCAGCAGAAAUGAAAUCAUUGCUUCCACUUCAAAUGGGUGGACUGAAAGUGGAAAUGCCUAUGAACUUAAAAGUUAUUAUUUAUGAAAAACCUCACUUCCUUGGACAGGCCAAAGACUUUAGUGAACAUAUUGAUUCUGUCCCUAAUUUUUUAAAAAGUGAUGAGGACUUUCAAGGGAUUGGAUCAAUUCGUGUCAUUGGUGGAGUGUGGGUCGCAUAUGAAAAAGAACAUUUUAAAGGCCAACAAUUUCUGCUUGAAGAAGGAGACUUUGAAGAUAGUAAUGCUUGCGGGGCAUUAAGUGGCCCCAUCUUGUCUUUCCGGUACUUACAAGCUAAUUUUAUAGAAUCUUCCAUCACACUGUUUGAAUCUGACCUAGAAAGUGGGAAGUUUAUUGACAUUACAAAUCAGGAAAUAUCUGACUUGGAAGACAUUGGCUUUGGCAGUGAAACAAGAUCCAUUCAUGUCAAAAGUGGAGUAUGGGUUGCCUACCAGCAGAAGUUCUUCUGUGGAGAGCAAUACAUUUUAGAGAAAGGGAAAUACAAAUGCUUUUUUGACUGGGGAGGAUCAGAUAAUAUAAUCAUGUCAAUCAGACCUAUCCAGCUGGAACCACUUGGGAUAAACGAGCCUCCACAUUUGCUCAAAGCAUUCAGUAAACCAGGGUUCCAAGGUGAAUGUGUAGAUUUUAUAAAAGAAAGUUCUGACUUGACUUCAUUCACACCAUGUUCUUUUAAAGUUCUUCGGGGUUGCUGGCUCCUGUAUUACCAAGAGGGCAUUUUUUAUAAUCAGUGUGUGUUGGAAGAAGGCCUAUAUGCUGACCUUACUUCCUGUGGCUGUCUAACAUCUACAGUCAAAUCCCUCAAGCCCAUUGACUAUAUUUUUGAAGAACCCUCCAUCAGCCUUUUUGCUCUGGAACAUUGUGAGGGAAGAGAGUUACAUCUUGAAGAGGCUGUGAACUCUGUUUUGAACAAGGACCUGCACUUCUAUACCCAGUCUGUGUGGGUAAAAAGUGGACUUUGGAUAGCUUAUGAAGGAUCCAACUUCCUGGGAAGACAAAUUCUACUUGAUCCUAUUGAGAUUCCAAAUUGGACAGCAUUCAGUAGAUGGAAAACCAUUGGUUCCCUCCGUCCUAUGAAGCAGCCUGCAGUGUACAUCAGGAUAAAGAACCGAGCCCAGGAUGAAUAUCUAACAGUCACUGGAAAUUUAGCUGACACAAGGGCAAUGUCUGUGUGCAUCUCUCCCUACAGUGGAAAGAAUACUCAGAUCUGGUAUUACUGUCGAGGACUUUUUAAAUCCAAGGCCAGUGAUACGUGUCUUGAUGUGAUUGGUGGCCGGGACACACCUGGAGCUAAGGUAGCCCUAUGGACUGAACAUGGACAGUUCAGACAAAAGUGGAGACUGAAUAAAAAUGGAACCAUCAGUUCUUAUCUCAGUGAUCAACUUGUCCUUGAUGUUAAAGGAGGAAACUAUUGUGACAAGACUCAUGUCAUUGUAAAUCAGCCCCUGGAGGGAGAAGAAACACAGAAAUGGGACAUUGAAAUACUGUGAGAAUCAACACCAUCCCUAGAAGGAGCAAAGGAACCUCACCUCCCUCACUGACGUAUGCAUGUGGAAAGGAAGCUACUGUGUCCGCUCUACUGGACUGCUGUGCAGAAUGAACUUUUCCUCAGGCACCAAGGCUGACGUUCUUUCAGCGUGCAAAAGCUCAAAAUAUUGUUGCCAGUUUCUCAGUGUUCCUAUGAAGAAAAUAUGAUUUCUGGGAAAGGUUUUAUUCCUGAUGGAUUCCAGUUGUGGUAAGCAAGUUUCCUGAAGUCUAUAUUUUCUUUCCUAUCUACCAAACAUGAAUGCUAUUCCUGAUAGCCCAUUAUAGGAUGUUGGUGAUGCUGUCACCUGUAUUAGCUAUUAAUAUCCUACGGGACACCUGUGUGAUUGCAAAGCACAGGAAAAUAAACAUACUUCUGCAAAAAGAUGAAUAAUUUUAGCAACAUCUGAAAAUAUAUUUAAAAAGCCUUCCUAUUAAGCUGCUGCUGUGUGUAAAUAAGCCUUCAAAUUUCUAUAUUGAAGCUUUUAUAACAGAAACAUCCCAUGAGUAUUUAAAUAUUUUUAACUGGCUCCAUGGAGGGACCUCAGCUUUGUUAGGCAAAAGGCACCAGGACUGGUAUAUUCUCUGUGGCCAUUCUUUGCUCCGUCUUUCAAACUGAAAAAGCACAUAACCUUAGAGUGCCAACCUCACACUUUAGCACUGAAACAGUGGUCACCUGUCUUGGUGCUGAGACCUUGCCCAGGAUUUUUGCCUGAUUUGCCCUUAAGGAGAAGUGUUCAUAAAGAGUAUGUCACUCCUAAAUGAGAGUCAAAUUUUUGUCUGCCUGAAAUAAAACUCUACACGUC